UCAUGGUAAAAUAUGAAUGUCAAAGAUGUAAACAUAUCUAAAGUUAUGAUGGUUAAUGUAGCAAUUGUUUGGCAUGGGAUGCAUAAAUGAAAUAAAUAGAAGAUCUUAAAAGAUUAAACAGAGAACUAAAUGUUGCUUUUUAUGGUGAUGGUGGUUGUUGUGGUUGCACUGAGGAAAAAAGAAGAAAAAGUUUUUAUAUCUUAGGAUUGAUAUGCAUCUUAGUUGGGUCUGUGUUUCUUAUUGGUAAUUUUGGUGGGGAUUCAUCUGAUACAGGAAUUGGUUUUAUUGGUUUAGGAGUGAUCUGGUUUAUUGCUGGAUUUUGUUGUCCAAAUGGAUGUUGUGGAGAAUACAAAAGAACAAAUUAAGGAUUGAUUGAAUGAA